GCAGCAGCGGCAACGACGACUCAGAUACAACAGGCUGGAGAUGGAGAGUCUUAAUGACCGAGUAAACACGUACGUUGACUCAUGGAUGGGUCCCAGGGACCCUCGUGUGAGAGGCUGGCUUCUUCUAGACAACUACCUGCCUACACUAGCCUUCACCAUUAUGUACCUCCUGAUCGUGUGGUUGGGCCCAAAGUACAUGAAAAACAGACAGCCGUUCUCGUGCCGUGAGAUCAUGGUGGUGUAUAACCUGGCACUCACCGCUCUCUCAUUUUACAUGUUUUAUGAGCUUGUGACCGGUGUGUGGCAAGGUAGCUACAAUUUUUUCUGCCAAGACACACACAGUGCAGGAGAAGCUGACGACAAGAUCAUUCAUGUGUUGUGGUGGUACUACUUCUCCAAGCUCAUUGAGUUUAUGGACACCUUCUUCUUUAUCCUGCGCAAGAAUAACUACCAGAUCACCUAUCUGCACAUCUACCACCAUGCCACCAUGCUGAACAUCUGGUGGUUCGUCAUGAACUGGGUGCCAUGUGGCCACUCCUAUUUUGGUGCCACCUUCAACAGCUUCAUCCAUGUGCUGAUGUACUCUUAUUACGGACUCUCAGCCAUUCCUGCCAUGCGGCCAUACCUCUGGUGGAAGAAGUACAUUACACAGGGUCAGCUGAUCCAGUUCGUUAUGACCAUGAUCCAGACAUCCUGUGCUGUGGUGUGGCCAUGUGGCUUCCCAAUGGGUUGGCUGUAUUUCCAGAUCAGUUAUACGAUCACCCUCAUCAUGUUCUUUGUAAACUUCUACGUGAAGACUUACAGGAAACACAAGACCAUGGCACAAAAGGAUCACCGGCACAGUGGUGUAGCAUCUGUAAACAGCCACUCAAACGGUGCAACUACAGCCGAGACGGUAAAACACAGGAAGCUAAGGACAGAUUGACGAUCCAGCUGUUCUCACAGUCUCUCCAGGCGUAUGUAGGAUAAAUGUACAAGCAUUGAGGGAUUUACUCCAGUUUAUUCACUGCAGUGAGAUGAGCAAAGCUCUGAAGCCGAACAUUUUGCACACCACGGCCUCUUACUGUUCAUAUUGAAUUAAAAGACAGCAAGAUGUCUUCAAAUACCAUGCAAUUCAUUCGUUAUAGAGCAGGGUCUAGAUUAAUGUUUUGUAUUAAGAUGUUUCACUUAACAUGAUGAUUGAACAUUUAAGAGUCUUAGAGCAAUAACAACAAUGGACUUUAGAAUGAUAAUCUUUUUAACUGUAGUGUUAUAUAAGUGCUGGUAUUUUGCCUAGGAGGGAAAAGAGUACAGGAUCAAGUGUAUUUUCUAAGCACAAAAUCUGGUAUUAAUUACAGUUUUGUAAAUUGCAGGGAAUGAUUGUAAAAGACGAUAAUUGGUUGGAAAGGGUGCUCGGGUGGCGCAGUGGUAAAACAAGUUAGCCCACCCAUGCUGAGAUAUUGGGCUUGAAUCUGAUUCUUUGUACACAAUACUGAUCUCUGAAUGAGAGGUGGUUGGCUACUCCACAUGUGUCGGAGUGUGUGUUAGGUACAGUGUGUUAGAUACAGCCCUCCUUGGUAGUAGAGGAGAUUUAAUAACUGGGUAAUUUAAUACAACUAGAUUUGAGGAAAAACAACUCUAUAUACUUCAUGCAGCCAAUCUGAGCUUAAUUUUACAUUAUAUUACAUUAGGUAAUGUCUUAAUACAAGCCAUGUUGUCAACGAUUGGAACUAGAGCAGUGUUGUGACUUGUAAAAAGCUGUAUGUAUAGAGAAGUCUGGACUCAAUUACAGCCAUCAGACACUUCAUUUUAUUAUAUAAAGUUGUCAUAUCACUUUUGUUGGCACCAAUGUGCAGAUGUUUUCAUGGCCCAUGCCGUGUAGUAAGUGAUCUUUUGCCAUUCAACUAGUAAAAAUAUUAUGUGGCCACUUACACUUAUCAGCCAUAACAUUAAAACCACCUCCUUGUUUCUACAC